AUGGACGAACUGACAUUCGUCCCCCCAACCAUGCGCGCCCUGUACUUCCGGCCAGCAUCAACCGCCAUAACCGACACCACAGACCUGGAUCUCCCCAGACAGGACUCGGACCUCGUCUACGACACGGACUUCAUGACGCCCCAGCCAGCCGCAAACCAAUACUUGGUGAAAGUCCUCACAGCAGCCUUCUCCCACGACGAGCUCCGCCUCUCCAAGCUCCUCAACCCCUCCAAAUCCUACCCCCAAAUCCCCCUCCACAACUUCUGCGGCACCGUCAUCCGCACCCCCCCACAAGACGACUACCUUCCCUCCGGCCCCAAGUUCAAAGUUGGCGACGUCGUCUUCGGCAUGAUCAGCCACACCCACGACGGCGCAGCAGCAGACUACGUCGUCGUGUCCUCCUCCGAGAUCGCCCUCAAGCCCAAAAACAUCUCCUCGGCAGAAGCAGCCUCCAUCCCCCGCCCCGCCCUCACAGCCUGGCAAUCCCUCUUCAAAUACGCCGCCCUCGACCCAGACAACUCCCACACGCGCCACCGACUCCGCGUGCUCGUCACCAACGCCUCAGACAGCGAAGUCGCCUCGCAAGCAAUCCAACUCCUCCGCUCCCCCUCCCUCUUCCCAACAGACGACACAACCCACCACCACCAUCGCCCGUGGAUCUGCGCAACCUGCUCCUCCAGCUCGGACCAAGCGCGCCUCGUCCGCACACACGUCGACGAAAUCAUCCACGCCCCGCUGCCCCUCCCCGAGGAAUUCAACCUCGCGGACAUCUUCAAGUCCCGCGGCUGGGCCCCCGUCGAUAUCGUCCUCGACUGCGCUGGCCAGCAGAUCUUCCGCCAGGCGCACUCCCCCUCCGUCAUCAAGGACAACGGCGUCGUUCUCACGGCUGUGGACUCCGAUGCUGCGGGCGAUAUGCCCAGCGCGGAUAGCGCCCGGUUCUCGAAGAAGGGCAUCCUCAGCCGCUUUGUGACUGUCGUGCCGGAUGGGGAGGCGCUGGGGCGUAUUGCGGAGUUGGUGGAGAAGCAUGAGCUCCGGGGGAGGGUCGAGUCCACUAUUGAUUUGGUGCAGGGGGCGGAUAUUCUUAGUGCAGGGGCGGCUGGGGCGGGGGGUGCGUUGCGGGGGGGUGUUUAUGUGUUUAGGGUCAAUGUUCAGGUUUCUUGA